AUGCAUAACAUCAAAGAAAUGGAUUCCCAGAAAAUUCCUGCCCCCCCAGGCUCACUAGAAGAUCAGCCAAUUCAACUCUCUUGCCUUCAAGCCAUACCAGCGGCAUCCAGUUUCUCACUGAGUCCAGUAAUUCUCCAGCCAGAACAGGCACUUUCUCAGACAAUAUACCUGAAAGCGCUUACUAUUCCACUUUAUCAGCCUAUCCAGUCAGAAUGCCUUCAGCCAAACAGCCAGCUGCCCUCUGGCCAAGCCAGUUUCAACCUGAAGAACAGUAACAUGCCUUUAAUCCUAAGCCCACUUGUACAUUCGGAGGGAACCGACCAGCUUCAUUCAGCCCCUCAGAAGCCCCCUCAGACAAUAAACAUAGUUAGUGGUUUACCAGUUUUGCCAAAAAACUAUUCUCCCUGUGCACCACUUGGAAGCCCAGGGAAAUCCCCCAAAAGUGCCGGGAAGUACCUGUGUAAACACUGUGGGCGUGAUUGCCUGAAGCCAAGCGUUCUGGAGAAACAUAUGCGCUCACACACAGGGGAGAGGCCUUUCCCGUGUACCACAUGUGGAGUUGCGUUUAAAACUCAGAGCAAUCUGUAUAAGCACAGGAGAACCCAAACGCACGUCAACAAUGCAAGGCCGCCCUCAGAGUCUGACAGCAGUAGCCUGUUAGAGGAGGGUGAGAAGGAGGCCGAGAAUGUCAGAUCCCCUCAGAGGACAAAAAACAGUGAUAGGAGUGGUGACUAUCCAAGGGCAGUUAUUAAACAAGCCAUGUCAGAGUCUACUGCUGCGAUAGCCAGUGAGAAGCAUCCACUCACUACUUCAUUGCCAGUGGUGAAUGCUUUAACCCUUGUAUCUGAAGGACAGAGUGUGACAAGUGACAACUCCUGUCACGGAGGGGUGAAUCAGAACGUCCUUGAAAAAGAGACCAUGAAAGAUCUAGCCAAUCUCCUGCAGAGAAGGAAGAUCCAGGACCAAAGGUCUCCAAUGGUCAGUCAACACUCUCAGUUGCAGAGGCAGCAGGCCACAUACCCAGAGAGGCUAUGGGAUAGCAAGUCUCCAGACUACAAACUGAAGAAAUGCGAGAGCACCGACUCAGGGUAUCUGUCACGCUCAGAUAGUGUGGAACAGCAGAUGAUGUCCCCCAGCCCCCUACACAGUCUUUGCGAGCACAGCACAGAGUCAGAUGGCGAUACCGCCAUGAGUGAUCUCAGGUGCACUGCAGCAGAUCAUUCGAAAGCAGAUCCGGCCGAGAAAGCAACUGGAAACUUGGCGCUGGAGAAGAAGAAGCUGGAGGAGCACAUUGCUAAACUAAUCUCGCAGAAUAAAGCGGUGGUGGACGACACCCAACUGGACAAUGUGAGGCCCAGGAAAACGGUCCUGUCCAAGCAAGGGAGCAUCGACUUGCCAAUGCCUUACACAUAUAAAGACUCGUUCCAUUUUGACAUACGAUCUCUUGAUGUUAACAGGAGAAAGAACCUCUCGCUUUGCUCGGCCAAGUCUACCUUCACGCCUGUAGAAAAAGUCAAACCAUUGUUUUUUCAUUCAGUCCCCACUCAGUUCUCCACCACCAUAGACUGUGUCCCUGUCACCAGGAGUAACUCUUUGCCUUUUGUUGAGAGCACAAGGAGAAUUCAGGACCGAGGGGAUAGUUCACCAUUCUCUUCUUUCACAAGAGUGCCCCCAAACACAAGUUUUUCUGGUUUGUCACACAGCAAGAGGUUUGUUUCAAGUAGGGAGGAUUUUCCUACCAGCCAUCCCCGCGCACUUGUCAGACAGGUGGCAGUAGAUGAUUUGCCACUCGGUAACAUGAUGGAACCAUCAUCUUCUUCAGAAGAGACGAAAGGCACUAAAAAGACUGGAGCCAGAGUGGAAGGUGUGAACGUGAAGUGUAAGAAAUCCAGUCAGAGGAAAGUCAAAAUGUUCUCUCAGGAAAAAUGGCAGGUAUAUGGGGACGAGACGUUUAAGAAAAUCUACCAAAAAAUGAAAAGCAAACAAAAGGGAAACAAGGUCACCGACAUUUCAGGUUUCCAGUCGGAUACCAAGGAAGCUUCCAGUCAUGAGAGAAUUACUGGGCCUCGAAGUGGCAGAUGUCCCUCACCUAAGAAUCUAGUUUCAUCCCCAGUGACUGUUUCUGCUAAAUUAAGCACUGAAGAGUCAGAAGGAAGGUCCAUUGGCGGUCGGAUAUCACAGAGUACUUCUUCUCAGGAGAGUUUAGGCAGCUUUUCAGAACUAAUGGAGACAUCUUUUUCAGUCAGUGAUGGCGAACCCAGUGGGAUGCCUAAAACAUUUCCUGCAUGUAGAUGCAGAGAACUGUGUGCAUUCGAAAAAGAUCUGAAUGGUAACAACCAGAUAUUGUUUUUAAAUACCAGCUGUGAAUCGAAACUCCAGCUUCAUCAGGCCCCAGACCAAGAGACUAAUAUCCUGUCAGCUAACUUGCAGAAGUGUGGCAAGGAAUCAGAGGAUAUGUGUGGACAAGGAGAAUAUAUUAAACAUAGGCCAGAACAUGAAGAUAUUCUACCUGUCAAAGGAGAAGACCUUGGUGGGAAAGAACGUUUCCCACUUGCACAAGCGGCCUUACCUCUUCAUCAUGGCAACUGUGGCAAGCCUGUGCAGGAAUCACAAAAGUUGCCUUCGGAGAGGAAAAAGCUAAAAGUGGAUGAACGGAAGAUCGAAGAAAAUAUGUUAAAUAUCAGCUGUGGCCCUAGCAGUCCAAAGAACAGAAUUGUGAAAUUGCUAGAUCAAUUCAAAAUUAUUAACGUAGUUGCCCCUGUUUCGAUGAAUCAUUCGGCUAAAGUAAAAAUGCCAAAAUUCACAGCAGACAUGAACUCAUUAGGUAGCAGUGUGGAAUGCAAAGAAAUAGUCCAGUGUCCCACAAUGAGCUUGAAUAAUAGGGAUUAUAGUGUUGAUAAUACAGCAAGCGUAUCUGCAUUUUCAUUUCCUGAACAACUCAGAGCUGAAGUGACAAAGGAAUAUAUCUGUAGUUCCUACUCUUUUCAUAAACUGACAGAAAAGCCCAGUUCGAUGAUUAUAGGAACAAGAACGUCAUCUCUGAAAGGAGACGUAGUAACAGCAUCUCCAUCCAUUCAGCCCCUGGUAACACCACAUCUAAAGAAAAAUGAUUUUCUCCCCAAGUACAUUCUCAAAUAUCCACAAGAAGGAAAUAGAGAUAUGUCCCUGCUUCCUCCAGGAGAGUUGGACCAAAAGGCUUGCGUUUCACUGCCAAUGACUUCCACCAGUACUAUUAACCUUCCCUGUAAUUACAAAUCGCUGGGUACCAAUUCCGCAGAUCUCUGUGUGUGCCCUUUGCAACUGGAACUGAGUCAUCCGACCAGAACAAAAGAGCUAAAAUGGGAUGCUCACCCAACACGGAAGUCUCUUGUAGCUUGUUCACCAGCAAUCGUAGAAACAACCAGCAUCACAACCAGGGUAGAAGGGAGACGCCACCAACACCAGAGUGCCUGGCAGAAGGAGAAGGUGAAAGAAGUCUUGAGAAGAGUAGAGGACAGGGACAAUAUUGGUGAGGCUCAGGAAGGCGAUGGGGGCACAAUGGUCUGCUCAUCCUACGCGGCAGGAAAGAAAAUCUGCUUCACAGGAGGUUUUUUCAUUUCUUCAGACAUGACGGGGAGAAAUCCGGCCCUAAAGUUAAUUCACUCAGGGAACAGUUCAGUAAUAUCGGUCUCCUCGCUGGUUGAAAGGGCAGCUUUGUGUGGAAAUCAUGACAACAAAAUCAAGGAAUGGGAACCAGAUAUUAACUUUUUCCCAGGGUUGCCCACUUCUUCGGUGGAUAAUUCCAGAUGCCUUUGCCAAUCCUCGGACAUGCUUUAUUGCCAUGUCGUCUGCACCCCGCAGAAGGAAGUUCACACACUGUCCCAGCUAAGCAUGAUUUCACACAUUGGGAAUUCAAAGAUCCCAAACUUGAGCAUAUCCUUCCCAACUCUAAAUGCUGAACCUCGAUUGACUUGGUGUUGCUUAACCCGAAAUCUCCCUCUUCCUGUUGAGCAGAAAGAGAAGAAGGAUUCGGCGUAUUCUUCCUUGCAUACUUCUAAGAAUGAAAAGGUCAGCUCGAAAUGUAGCCUGACGUUUUGCAAAACGAAACACACCAGGCAGGCUGCUAGUGAGGGCUCAGCAAGUGGAACUGCAAACACACCGGCUUUUUGCACUCAGAGCCAGCGAACAGAGAAGGCAUACUUUUCAACGGCCGGAGGUUAUAAACUCUUGAAAAGCAUUCCAGAGCAAGAAAAGACAAAUGAAACUCUUUGCAAAAGAAGAGAACUGGCAACCAUAAGUAAAGCCAAGAGAAGCCGGAAACGGAAAAAAGUGAAAAUCAACCCCAAGCGAUAUAAAGGAAGUUAUGGACAUAGACACCUACUGCUGAAAACCAGCAGGCUGAGCAAACAACACUGGCCGGUGAACAGGGCUCUGGAGACUCCAAAAAAGCAUCCCCGUCCUCACAUCCCUGAUGGCCCUGAGCAUUGUGGGAAAUGCCUGUGUCUUCUCGCAGCCUCACAAG